CACUAAUUCCUAUUCUCCUCUUUCUCUCUGCCAUCUUUUAUUGCAGGAAAAGAAAUUUUCUAUUAGCUUACACAUCUCAAACAUGUCUUGCUACAAGGGAAAGUACCAUGAUGAUCUCAUUGCCAAUGCUGCCUACAUUGGCACACCUGGAAAAGGUAUCCUCGCUGCUGAUGAAUCCACUGGGACAAUUGGCAAGCGUCUAGUUAGCAUCAACGUUGAGAAUGUUGAGGCUAACAGGCAGGCACUUCGUGAACUUCUCUUCUGCUGUCCUGGUGCUCUACAAUAUCUCAGUGGUGUAAUCCUCUUUGAGGAGACCCUCUACCAGAAAACCGCUGAUGGUAAGCCUUUCGUCGAAGUCUUGAAGGAAGGUGGAGUUCUUCCUGGCAUUAAGGUUGACAAGGGUACAGUUGAGCUUUAUGGCACCAAUGGUGAGACCACCACACAGGGACUUGAUGGACUUGCUCAGCGCUGCCAGCAGUACUAUGAAGCCGGUGCCCGGUUUGCCAAAUGGCGUGCUGUGCUCAAGAUUGGUCUUACUGAACCGUCUCAACUAGCCAUCAAUGAGAAUGCCAAUGGUUUGGCACGCUAUGCUAUUAUCUGCCAAGAGAAUGGCCUGGUUCCAAUUGUUGAGCCAGAGAUCCUCGUCGACGGUGCUCAUGACAUUGACAAGUGUGCGGAUGUAACUGAACGUGUACUUGCAGCGGUCUACAAGGCACUGAAUGACCACCAUGUCCUGCUAGAGGGGACUCUGUUGAAGCCCAACAUGGUGACCCCUGGAUCAGAGGCCAAGAAGGUAGCUUCAGAGGUGGUGGCAGAGUACACAGUGCGGGCCUUGCAGCGAACUGUGCCUCCUGCAGUCCCUGCUGUAGUGUUCUUGUCUGGUGGACAGAGUGAGGAAGAGGCAACUUUGAACCUCAACGCCAUGAAUAAGCUUCCGGGUAAGAAACCAUGGACUCUAUCAUUCUCCUUUGGACGUGCUCUGCAGCAGAGUACACUGAAGACAUGGCAAGGAAAAAAGGAGAAAGUCGACAAAGCACGGGCUGCCUUCCUGAAGAGGUGCAAGGCAAACUCAGAAGCUACCCUUGGUGUCUACAAGGGUGAUGCUGGUGAUGGAGAAGGUGUCUCUGAGAGUCUCCAUGUCAAGGACUACAAGUACUGAUGAAGUUUUGGGUCGUCUUGCUAUUUUUAUGAUAUUAUAAAAUAGGAAAGAGGAAAUGGGGA